AUGAAAAAAGACAAUAAAACUGGUUGUGCAAACUUAAGCAUUGACGACCUGCUCACAUCAUUGCAUCUCAGUCGCAUAGAUAUUAGCGAUCAAUCAGGUGAAGACACAUCUGAUGAUGAGAUAAUUGAGUAUAUUCCUCAAUCUGCUCAUAACUCACAUACACCUCAAUUCAUUCAAAAUACAGGCAUCUCUAGAGAAUUCAACAUAAACAGAUUUAUAGAGGAACGAGAAUACACAAUCUCAAGAGGCACACUGCCAUUCUCAAUGAUCGAAGCAGUUGGCGCAAAAAAACGUUCCGAAAAUAACACAACUACUCUCAACCACAACCUCAUCAUCAGACGCGGAAUGUACGACUACGGAUUCACCAAGCAAGAUAUCGACAAAUACCGCAUCAGAAGAAAAAAAAGAACGAAGGCUGUAUGCCCAAACUGGGAAGACAUCCCCGAACACCGAGAAAACGAACCAACAAGAGUGUCUGUACGAUCUAUCAGGCUUUCAAAGAAACAAAAGACAUUAAAUUAA